AUGUCUGUACAACUCAAUCCAUUACCACCGUUCGACCCGAAUGCAGAACUUGGAGCGAGUGUUGCUGCCAGAUGGAAACUUUGGCUACGUGAUUUUGAUACUUUUCUUGUGGCUAGCGGAAUUCGAGACGCUAAGCGCCAGAAAGCUUUGUUACUUUACCAAGCUGGACCCAAAGUUCGAGAAAUUUUUAACCAGUUGAGUGAUGUCAACGGAGAAGGGGAUGAAGACAACUUUGCGACAACAAAAGCCAAGCUCAUUGAGUACUUCGAGCCUCAGAAAAAUCGACGGUAUGAAGUUUAUCGUUUUCGUGAAACUCGUCAGGGAGAUCAAGAAUCGCUCGAUACUUUUCAUACACGACUCAGGCAGAUAUCCAGUACAUGCGAAUUCGAAGAUGUAGACUUUGAAAUCGAGGAACAAAUAAUUAUAGGGGGUCGAUCAUCCCGUAUAAGACGCCGAGCUUUGCGUGACCCUACGUAUACCCUUAAAGACAUGCUAAUCGAUGGAAGACGGGAUGAAACCAGUUCGUAUCAAGCCCGAGAUAUAGAAACAACCCACGUACACACAGAAACAACGAACCGCUUGCAAUCGAAGUCUGAUAACAAGACUUGCAACAAUUGUGGAGGAGAAUGGCCGCACAAAAAUCAAUGCCCCGCGCAAGGGAAAACAUGUCGCAAGUGCAACAAACCGAACCACUUUCAAUCAGUUUGUAGGAGCUCAAAAUUCUCGAAGCAGAAACAAAGACGUCCUGCACAUUCUCGCAAAUCACAUGCAGCGGUGAGACCUUUGCAGCAUGAGGAUAAUUCUAGUGACGAGGAAUACCUGUAUACGGUCUCAAAUGGCAGUUCAACAUGA